GUUUCUAAGGGUUUAUUUUUUAAUUAUUUAAUUGUAAAAGUGCUUUAUACUAGCAUUUAAAAAAAUCAACGAAUUUUCGCCAUAUGGACGACCUCAAUCCCUUGGCUGGAACAGCGCAUCUGCUGGAAGAAGUUGAUAAAAAACUAAUGGUGCUGCUCCGAGACGGUCGAACAUUAAUAGGCUACUUAAGGUCCGUAGAUCAGUUUGCCAACCUUGUUCUGCAGCGAACAAUCGAGCGGAUACACGUCGGCAAUGAGUAUGGAGAUAUUCCGCGAGGCGUCUUCAUAAUACGAGGCGAGAAUGUGGUGCUCCUGGGUGAAAUUGAUCGGGAAAAGGAACAGAAACUUCCAUUAAAAGAGAUUUCUGUCGAUGAGAUUCUGGAUGCUCAGCGACGUGAGCAGGAGCAACGACAGGAGAAGCAUCGACUCGUCUCGAAAGCACUUAAAGAGCGUGGCUUAGCGGUCAAUGCGGAUAUAAUCAAUGAGGAUUUCUGCUGAGCGCCGUGUGCGCAUUAUAACAAAUACAUAUUUAGA